AUGAAUGUGGAGGGAAAGAGGACUGGUGAAAGAACAAAUGAAAAAGUGAGUGAGUUGCUGGAUGAAGAGAAGAUGAAGAGAAGGCAAGGGGAAGGGGGGCUGGGAGGGACGCUGGGUGAGAUGAGGACAGUUAACGCGUUAACUCUUUCGUUAUCUCUUGGGGAGUGUUUUAAACGUGAAAGCAUCCUAUGGUAUGCAAGAAUAUGCCAUUCAUUCUCAUGGACUUGGAGAUUAUCAAUAGCACAUUAA